UGAAAAGCUGGUGAUAAGUUAAACAGACUUUCUUCCUUCUUCCUCUAUUGCUUUAAUUUUUCAUUUAAUAUUAAAAGACAAAACUGAAUUUGUUUAAAUUCCAGGGGUCAUGUAAGAUAUUCUCUGGAUGAAAUCAAGGAGUGCAGAAUGUUCAAAUGAUCCCAUCAUUCUACAGCUCUGUGUUAUCUUUAAUGUUACAUUUUCAAAGAUAAAUGACAACAAACCCCCAUCCCAAGUAUUUGCUUCAUGAAUCUGUUUCUUCACUAAGAACAUAAACAGAGCUUAAAGCCUAAAAUAUAAUAGUAAGCAGAGAAGGUAAAUAAUAAAAAUUCUACCUCAUAUCACCCAUAAAAUCAGUUUAAUUUAGAAAGAGAAGGAGCACCCAUUCAAUCAGGGGAAUAGUCAGAUGCAUUGCUGUUCAAAUUAUCUCACAUUAAGAGAUGACUGUGACAUGAAGAUGUUGACUCCAUAGGGUCUGUGAUACAUACGGCAAAGUACCUUGGAUUUUGUUCUCUAGCAGCUACAAAGGGAAACAAAUUGCUUGAAGAUCCUUGAGACCUUAAGUUAAAAGUGACAUAAACACUGUACUGUUGCAUUAGACUUCAAAGUACUGUAUUUUCUAGUCCGCGUUUUCUUCUUUCACCAGCCAAUGCACAGCUGGCAGAUGUCCAUGACUUUGAUUGCUCAUGAAUCCAAAAGCAUGUCUGCCUUUUAAAUCCACGCCACUGGUUCUGUCUGCUAAAAAAAACCUGUGCACUAAGUUUGGGGUUCAUGUGCACUGAAUUUUUUUGCAUUACAAUUGACCUACUUCACCACAGUAAGUCAGACCCUUUCUGUUUCCUUCAGACGACAGGGAUUUCACAAUGGGCUCCAUCAGUGCAGCAAAUGCAGAAUUUUGUCUUGACGUAUUCAAAGAGGUGAAACUUCACCGAAGCAAUGACAAUGUGCUCUUUUCCUCCCUGAGCAUGCUUUCAACCCUGGCCCUGGUGUAUAUGGGAGCAAGGGGUAAGACUCAGUCCCAGAUGGAGAAGGUUCUUCACUUUGAUAAUGUUACAGGAGAUAGAGACAUUUCUGACUCCCAGUGUGGCACUGCUGAGUACAUCCACAAAUCAUUCAAGGAUCUUCUCUCAGACAUCGGCCGGCAAAAUGCUACUUACUCACUCAGGAUUGCUGACAGACUCUAUAUCGAAAAAACAUACCCUAUUCUUCAGGAAUACAUAAAGUGUGCACAGAAAUUCUACAAGGCGGAGCUGGAAGAAGUUGACUUCAAAACAGCUGCAGAGGAAGCACGACAGAUCAUCAAUUCCUGGGUGGAAAAAGAGACAAAUGGACGUAUCCAAGACCUCAUUGUGUCAGACUCUAUUGAUCUCAAUACUGCACUGGUCUUUGUGAAUGUCAUUUACUUCAAAGGGAUAUGGAAAACUGCAUUUAAAAAAGAAGACACUGAGGAAGAGCCUUUCAAUGUGACCGAGCAAGAGAGCAGACCAGUGCAAAUGAUGCGUCAGAAAAUCUUGGAGCUUCCGUACGCCAGUGGAGAGCUGAGCCUGUUGGUGCUGCUGCCUGAUGACAUCUCUGGCCUGGCACAGCUGGAGAACAAAAUCAGCUAUGAAAAACUCAUGGAGUGGACCAGUCCCAAGGUGAUGGAAAAGAAGAGGGUGAGAGUGUACCUCCCACGCAUGAAGAUUGAGGAGAAAUACAACCUCACAUCUGUCUUGACAUCCUUGGGUAUGACCGACCUGUUCAGCCCCUCAGCCAACCUCUCUGGCAUCUCUUCAGCAGAGAGCCUGAGGAUAUCUGAGGCCAUCCACGAGGCAUAUGUGGAAGUCACUGAAGAGGGGACUGAGGCAGGUGGCUCAGAGGUUGUAACUGGAGAGAUCCAACAGUCCUCCGAGGUUGAAGAGUUCAGGGCUGACCACCCAUUCCUUUUCUUGAUCAAACACAAUCCAAGUGACAUGAUCAUCCUCUUUGGUAGAUAUUGUUCUCCCUAAGGAGAAAAAGGGCUGGAAAUAAUGCUUGCCUAUCCCUAAGAAACAGACCUGCUUUACUCUAGUAUAAUAUCAUCUCUUCACUAUCUCUAAGUGGAAAGCCGUCAACACCUAGAGAGAUAUUCCUGAAGAAGUGUGUGACUUUUCAGAUCUUUGGGUGCAGAUAUUUCUGUUACACAAGUUGUACUUAGGACUUAUAUCCAGGAAUAAAUGAGAACUUAUAAGAGGUAGCUUAGAAAUAUUUUCCCUCGUGAUUGAAUAACUUAAGACUCAGGACCAGUGUUUUGAUUCUUGUGAGAGAUUCUGACACUGAUAUUGAGUCUGUUUUUUCUAUAGGAGUUCUCUGAAAUAAACACAGCUUUUAGAAUAAUCCUGUUCCUUUCUGUUGAACUCCUUGGGCAACCAUCCUUGAAUUGAUUCCUGGACAACUUGCAGACAAAAUUCUUAAUUUUAGCAAAUCAUUCUUCUUUGAGUAUUGCAUUUGUGUUUCUUUGUGAUGCACAUACUUUAAGACUAAGGUCUCUUGUUUUGAGGGGGCAUACAGAAAGUUUACCAUUUCUUCUUAAAUCAUCAUCUCCAAACACACCACCUUCCUGACCGUUUCCCAUCUUCAUUCCUGGCACAUGUCAUUGACUUGUGAAUGGCAGUUGUUGGUCCUUCUAUUUAUUCUAAUAAAAGCAUUGCAAACUAAACAUGUCUCUACCUGUUUUGGUUUACAGUGCCACACAACCAAAAUAUGGGUAAUGGUUGUGAAGGGGUUUAGACUAGGAUUUAGAUUCUACUUUCAAAACCAAAAUGUACCUAUAUAUGAAGUCAUUAAAGAGCCUAACUUUUUUUUCCUAAGAUUCUGAGUUUAAGCAAGGUAAACCCUACAGCUCCUCUUUUUACCUUGUGCUCAUAUGGAGAUAUGACAUAUCAAAUAACUCAGUUUAUUUUAACCUGCUAUCGUAUUUCCAGAUAGUUUUAAAAGAUUUCCGCUAAUUAUUGUCAGUAAAUACAUUGAGGAAAUGUCUAAGAGAUACAGCUUGAAAAACAUGAGAAAAGUAUGUUUCUUAAAAGGUGGACUACUUCAGCUGUCUAAUACCCACAAGAACCACACAAGGAAAUCUUUGUUACUGACUUUUGAUAACAUAAUCCCCUAGAGACAUUAUUUUUAUUUCAGAGUCUUCAGGGGGAAGGUUCUUCAGGUUCCAAUUUAUUCAACUGAAAGACUUAUUAGUGUUAAUCACUUACUUAAGCAAUCUUCCUUCUGCUGGCAUACACGUGCAGAGCUGCAAAUGACAGUACUUUAAAAGUGCUUAAAAGAGGGAAACACUUGGCAGUAUUUGGAGCUAUCUCAAACAUUUUUGAAGUCAGUAUUAAAUAUAACUUGAAAUGAUGACUACAGGAAAACACAUCUUUUUGGCUGCUGUGAAGCCUUUGGGAGAGAUGCAAAUACUGGUCUUCCCAAGAUAGUUAUAAGGGAUUAGACACAGUUAACACAAGUAUUCAAGCAAAAAAAUACUUCUUUUAAUAUAUGCAGUUUCAAGGUUUACUGUGCAUAUCAUGUUCUGCUUCCCUUAUAGCCUAAAGCAGUAAACAGAGUUUUGUUACAACUAAAACAAACAAAAAACAAACAAACAAAAAACAAA